CGGCAGCCGCAAGAGGCGAGCCUUCUGAAGACACAGAGAGCCACCCACCCCACCACGCUCACUCAGCACCCACCAUCCACCCAGCCACCGACCCAUCAGGAAGCCCCUCUCGAGUACACGGCGCACUCUUUUGCGCACGCACGCAAAGAUCACCUCCCCAACCGCUAGCAACCACCACAUAGCGUAGCCUAACACAAGGCUGUGGGGUAAAGUACCGCGAGCGAGCUCUUAUUGUUAAGGAGGGCACGAGAGCACGAGGGGGGUGGGGGCUGCGUGGCCGGGACGCACGCGCACCCACGCCGCGGUUUCUAACCUCCCUGCGUCUCCUCCACGGGGAGAGGAGUAAGAAGCAGAGGCCACCACCACCACCUAAGGGCACCGUCCCUUAAUUACGCCUGGAGCCAGCAGCCCCCCCCCCCCGCCACAUGGCGAUGGCACGGCCAGGUAGAGCAGUAGCGACGUGCGAAGCUUCGGGGCAGAAGAAGGAGGAGGAGGCAACGACGGAGGCGCUGGGACAUCGCGCGGGAGGGCCGGAGCGCGAAUUCGCGGCCGCCGCUGCGCUGUUUGGCCACCUGAGAGCGGACAGCCCCGCGGACCGGGCCGUGCUGCGGUACGGCGAGAGGCGGCGACUCGGGGAGCCGGGGCUGGCUCUGCUCCACGGGGAUUCGGGAGCGCGGCGCCGGAGCUACGCGCUCGCCUUCUCGGCCCUCAAAUAUCAGACGCUCAUCGAAGGCGUCCUGGUGGAGAGCGGCUUCUACUCGGCGCAGCUCAUCCCGGACGAUCUGCUUCCCCUCGCCGUGGUCCUAUUCUGGGACCUGCAGCGGCGCGGGUUCGAGCCCCGGGACAAGGAGGAGGGACGCGAAGCGACGAGUGGAGGGGGCCGCGGGGCGAGCGGGGAGGCCCGGAGUCGCCAAGAAGGCGACGGCUGCGGUGGCGACGGAGUUCACGAUGAUGUGCGCGAAGUUGAUGGCGCGCUCUUCUCGUUCAGGACGCGGCUGCGUGCGUCGCUGGCCCGGGGCCGCAUCCGCCGUGGAGCCCUCUCGCUCGACUCGGUGCUGCCGGAGCCGCUGCUGCGCCGGGAGAGGCGCGCCGGCGCCGCUCCCCUCUACGCCUGGGUCGACGGCACGCGCUCGAGUGAAGAGGAAGUGCAGAGGGCCCUGUGCGACCUGGGCUUCUCCCAAGUGGAGAGCCUCGGGGAUCGGCAGGACCGAGUGUUCUCUCGGGACCGGCAGCUCGCCGACCUCCUCGUCUUCCCGGGCCAGCGGCGGAGCGAGCUGCUCGACUCCGACAUCGCAGAGCGAUCCGCGCUCGUGUUCCAGGUGGGUGUGCGCGACGUCACCCUUCGGGGAAUAAUCACCCAGUGGUGGAGUCCGCAUUUAGCGCGGAAGAAGCGACCGCGCCCACCGCUUUUAAAAACGUCUCCAUCUCGCGCCGCAGGACAAGUCGCGCUGCGUGGGGCCUCACGCCGCCGUGCGGCUUCUCGGGGAGGAGGGCGACGUCGCGGUCGUGGGGGUCGGGUCAGGGGUCGCGGGCCUGCACGUCGCCUCGCUCCUCGCCGCGCGGCGUCAGUCUCCGGGCGACGGCGGUGGCACCGUCCCCACCACGAUCACCACCGCCAACGCCAACGCCACCAACAGCGUCAGCGGCGGUGGGGCCGCCGCCGGCUGCCGCGUGCUGGUGUGCGCGGCUCUGGGAGGGGGCGCCGGUCGGCAGCCGCCACCGCCGCGGGGAACGACGGCCGACAACAUCAAGUUUCUACCGGAGGCCUUCCUGGACCUGCAGCCCGGCGACUCCCGGCUUCAGAGGGUGCGGGUCAUCCUGCUGACCGCUCCGUGCUCCGCCUCGGGGUUCAACGACCCCGUGGAACUGGUCCUCGGCGAGGGAGCGGACCUGAGCCUCCUGCGCGACGCCGCGAGCGCGGAGGAAGAGGAGGAGCAGCUCGCGGAGCUGUCGGCGCGGCAGACGGAGCUUCUGUCUCAUGCGAUGCGAUUCCCCCGAGUGCAGGCCGUGGUGUACAGCACGUGCUCGCUGCACGCACGCGAGAACGAGGCCGUCGUGAGCGCCGCGCUGUCGCGACAGCACAACGGUGGCGUCGCCGUCGCCAAAGUCGCUCCGUUCAGGGUCGCGCCCUCGCCCGUGCGGCUCCCGGAGGAGCGGGAGGGUCCUGCGGGAGACGCCGCGUUCCUGAGCUUCGCGCCGUCCGACUCGCUCAGCGGUGGCUUCUUGGCCGUGCUGAGGAGAGAGGAUCCCUCGGAAUCUCUCACUGCAAAGGAGAUCCUCGCUCGGGCAUCCAGCAAAGGCUUACUGGGGGAACGGAUCAAAAAGACCAAGACCAGACGACCCAGGGGACCGAAAACUCCCACCAAGCGCAGCGACACGGUGGCGAAGAGAGCCGCCAAGGUUUCCAACGGCGCCGCCAAAGCCAGAAGUUUCGGCAGCUCGCUGCUGACCACGAGCCGCGGGGUCCUCACCGCGCAAGCGGCCAAUGGGGUGACAGCCAACGGGACUGCGGGCCAGAGUUCGGCUCAAUAUCCGGCAGCGGCAACGGUGGCGGCCAAGCCACCGACGAGGCCGCCCGUGCGGACGGGUCCCCUGCCAGGGAUGCUGAGGGCAAUGUGGCCCAGGCGAGAGAGAGGAGGGGCGCAAGAUGCAGAGGAGGAGGCGGCGGGGAGAAACAGAGGGGAGUUGGCGAGGGAGGCCGUGAGGCCCAAGCAGCUGCUGCUGCCCAGCGUAUGCAUCUCUUUCCCCGGAACCGGGGGAUUCCCUGCCCAGUCUGGGCGCGGCCUCCCACCCAUCGCCACCAACAGCAACACCGCCGCCGCCAGUUUCGCCCUUGGAUUCUCUCCGGCGUUUGAACCUUCGCGAACCCCAGUUUUCGCCACUCGGUUCGCUCGUGGGAAAACUGCCCAAGGCAGAGGAACAAGCCAGCAGAAUUGGCCCCAGCUCUGAAAUGCUUGUGGUGGUUGGUGGGGUGGGGGGGACAUUGGUGGUCACAGACAGUUUGGUGGCAGAGAGGUUUGACCGACUGACAGACGAUUGCCACCUCGGACGAGAAGAUGAAAUUUGGAUGAGGGAAUCAUAGGUGGCACGGUGGGAUCCUGUCUCUCACGUGUAGAGCUAUUCUCCCAACUAUCCAUGCAUCGGCGUUCAAGAGUAACCAACUUGAGUGAUGACACCGAGGAUGGAGCCGAUGGAGCCGACGGUCAAUAGAGCAGAAGCUGGCACCAAGGGGCAGGUUUGAGGCAAGGGGCAUGGACGGUUGCGAGCUGCGCCUGGGUGGGAAUGGUGACACAUGAAUGGUGACACAGGAGUCAAAUCCAGGGCGAAUGCUCUUAAAGUAGUGGUUCUUAACCUUUACUGCACUCGUAUUUUUUCAUGUUGAUACAUAGGUUUGAUGAACCAGAGUAGUUGUACUUGCGUGCACGUGUUUAAUUUGUUUCGUUUAUUUACCUUCUAAUAAAACCUGGCCAUGUCUCGUACCCCCUGGGGGUGGGUGCGUGCACCCCAGGUUAAGAAGAACCACUGCUCGUAAUGUUUAACAUCUCACAUUUCUACGACGAGCAAGACGGUAACGCUCACGUCUACGUGCGUAACGUCAAAAUCCCAAAAGUCUGUGACAAUACACAAUGGGGUUUAACAUUAAAAUCGCUAUCCGAGAGGUUUGUUAACUUGAAGCAGUUAUAAUAAUGCACGCUUAAUGCUUUGCAGUGCACAUCUACGUACGAGGGCUGACUGAAUUGCACUUGCCGAUUAUUUCAAAAUGAAAUGGGAACAAUCUUUCAACCAGUGGCUAUUAUUGACACGUUCUUCGGCGGCAUAAGGCAAUAUUAAAAAAGAACGUGUAUUGUGUAAUGCCACCAAUUCUGAAACGAUCGUAUUUUAAUUACUGGGGCCAUUGUUUGAUUCUCAUGGCGCCACCACCUCGGGUGAUGAUCGCCAACUCGGUUACAAAAUUGUAAUUCAGACGCAGCGCGCGGUCCUGUUGGUUUCUGUCUACUUUUAGAGCGUGCACGAGACCGCACACUGUUGAAGCACCAUGAGGAAUCCUCCAUUCGCUUCGCUAAUAACGUCCUGUCACGCAUGCGGAGUCUGCAGGGGGGGGGGGGGGGGGGCUGUCACGCAUGCGACGACGGGGCGGGGAUGGGUGGAGGAUGGGACCAAAAAAAGUGGCGACAUCUCAAAAGUUGUGGCCCAGGUUGUGCGAGACGAACCUUUUCCCGUCUCUAAAAAGAAGAGGGCGCAGUUUGGCGUGCACCAAGUAGGGCACCCCGACACACACAAAAAGCGUGCCCGAAUAGGACACGCGGCUAGCACGCAAGGACGCUAUCGCGCUGGGAUGUGGCGGUUCACCAAGGCACCUGGGGGACAGCUUAAUCAACGCCGCUUGGCAGUUCGUCGUGGUGGACACGUGUUUCUCAUCAGCCGGCCGCCACGCCCGUUAAGUUGAGCCGGCUUUCUUUAUAAUUCAUGCGCUGCCCUACAGAAAGCAGGACAUG